GCCAGGCCCAGAGGAGUGGCUCCGCUGCUCUGCCUGCGUUAGGAGUCUGUCCUGCAGGGGGACGACAGGGCUUUUGCUGGCGAGCCCAGACUGCUGCUGUGCUGGGACAGGCAAGUUUCAGCUCCGGGGACGUCGGCCCAGAGAUGAGGCUGCUGUGGACUCUCCCGACCCUCUGGCUGUUGGCAGCAGAGGAUCUCUCUGCCCACGGGGCCCGGACCCGCAGAGAGCUGGCACCGGGCUUGCACGAGCGGGGGAUCCGUGACGCCGGCGGCUCGUACUGUGAGAGGAGCGAUGCCUGCUGCGCCGGCAGGGACGACGCCUGCACCGUGCCUUACCUGGAUACCAUCUGCUACUGCGACCUUUUCUGCAACCGCACUGUCUCCGACUGCUGCCCUGACUUCUGGGAGUACUGCCUGGGCAUCCCACCCCCCGUGCCUGUGCACAAAGGUUGUGAUCGUGGUGGACACAAGUACCCAACCGGAGCCACCUACAGAGAAAACUGCAACCUCUG